CAUCACACCUGACCGCACCUCUCCGCCAGGCAGGAUGGGACGUCUCUGAAUGGCGGCGGCGCCAGGGUCCGAGGGUCACUUUCCCCGCGCCCUUGACGGGCCAUCGUGCCGUGCCACCUAGCUUGCUAACAAGCGGCCGGGAGCCCCGGCGGAUGAACACUUUGCCCUGGCCAAUGAGCGCCCAGGUUCCCGGGCUGUGUCCAAUCAGAGCGCGGACAGAGGAGACAGGUUCGGUUGCGCGCGCUCGGCGCGAGGGGCGGACACGGGCGCACGGGACCUCUUCUGCUGCGGCCCGGGACGCCCACCUCUCCCCUUCCCGCGCACCGGAUACGGGGACCCUAGCGCUUCCGCCGUCCACGCAGACGAACGGGUCGCCGGAACCGAGGAGGCCUCGUGCAGCGGCGCUUUCCUCAGAAUCCACGCUUGCCUCAGCGGCUUCUGCAGAGAGGCAUGAGGGGUGGCUCCCGGCCUCGGGAGCGUGAGGCGGGCUCGGGGUCGGCCAGUUAAGGGGACUCCGCGGGCUCCCCAGCCCUUCCUCUCCGGGGCCUAGCGGCAGGCGAGGGCAUCCACAGAGGCCGAUAUGUUCCCGCGGAGGCCGCCGGCCCCCCUGGCCGCCUGGCUGGCGGGCGCGCGGGGCGGGGGCCUGCUGGCCGUGCUGGCCAAUCAGUGUCGCUUCGUGACGGGCCUGCGCGUGCGGCGAGCUCAGCAGAUCGCGCAGCUCUACGGCCGCCUGUAUUCCGAGAGCUCGCGCUGCGUCCUCCUCGGACGCCUCUGGCGCCGGCUGCGCGGCCCCCCCGGCCAUGUCUCUGCCUUGAUGGCGGCGCUCGCCGGUGUCUUCGUUUGGGACGAGGAGAGGAUCCAGGAGGAGGAGUUGCAGAGGUCCAUUAAUGAGAUGAAGCGGUUGGAGGAAAUGUCAAAUGUAUUUCAGAGUUCUGGAGUUGAGAAUCACCCUCCUGAACCAAAGACCCCCGCAGAAGGGAGUGAAAAGUCGAAGGACAAAGAAGAACCAUGGGAGAUGGUGAUGGAUAAGAAACACUUCAAGCUAUGGCGGCGCCCAAUUACAGGCACCCACCUUUACCAGUACCGAGUUUUUGGAACAUACACAGAUGUGACGCCUCGGCAGUUCUUCAAUGUUCAGCUGGACACAGAGUACAGGAAAAAGUGGGAUGCUCUUGUGAUCAAGCUGGAGGUGAUUGAAAGAGAUGUCGUCAGUGGUUCUGAGGUUCUUCAUUGGGUAACGCAUUUUCCUUAUCCAAUGUACUCGAGGGAUUAUGUCUAUGUUCGUCGGUAUAGCGUGGAUCAGGAAAACAAUGUGAUGGUCUUGGUGUCACGUGCAGUGGAACACCCCAGUGUGCCAGAGUCUCCCGAGUUUGUCAGGGUCAGAUCCUAUGAAUCCCAAAUGGUUAUUCGUCCUCACAAGUCAUUUGAUGAGAAUGGCUUUGAUUAUUUACUGACGUACAGUGACAAUCCCCAGACAGUGUUCCCUCGCUACUGCGUCAGUUGGAUGGUUUCCAGUGGCAUGCCAGAUUUCCUGGAGAAGCUGCACAUGGCCACUCUGAAAGCCAAGAACAUGGAGAUCAAAGUGAAGGACUACAUCUCGGCUAAGCCCCUGGAAAUGAGCAGUGAGGCCAAGGCCACUGCUCCGUCCUCAGAGCGGAAGAGUGAGGGUAGCCGUGGCCCAGCUCGGAUUGAGUAUGCUUAAGGGCCUUUGGGAUAAAGGAGAGACGGGCACUUCCGGUCCUGCCUUGCUCCCUCAGCUCUGCUUCAGGACAGAGACGAGUCACAUGUAUUAGAAGACAUCUGCUGUAACUGUCAGUGGGAGAGAAUUAGAACUGGAGUUAGAUUUCAUUUGGAGCCCUAUUGCUAUUUACCAAACAGAGAGGGACAUGACAUCAUGGAGUCAUCAUGUUCUCAGGCCAACUGUUGUGAAAUCCGGUAUUAUGCUGAGCUAAUCUGGAGCAAACCUCUCACUUUAGGCCAGAAGAGGAUGACUCCCAUCUGCCUCCUCGGAGAAGCUUCCUUGCUGACAUUCCAGAUGCCACCGUUGAUUGGGCAGCGCUCUGGAUAUCCUUCGGUUCUCUAGGUCACUUGGAAAGUGGUUGGCCCUGGGCUCUCACUAAGGGUUCACUACGAGUGCUCUUGGUAACAAUCCUGUGGUGAUGUGAA